UUGGGGCAGUCCUUCCUGGCAGCCACUGUCUAUGCUCUGUGUUUAAAGAGCAAAGAAUUAUCUAAGGAGAAAGAUACGCAAAACAAAAAUCAAGAAAGGAACUUUGCUUGAUUGAAGAGUGGGACGGGAACUAAAGGAUAGAAGAAAAUAACGUGUGACGGCAACAAAAAUGACACUUUCCAUUGUUUGGAUUUUUAUGCUCACAUGGCAUUGUCCAGUCAUUUCCUACCGGACUACUCAAGAUGCGAUGAAAGAUCCAAAGACCAGAAGGGAAUACGUGGAGCAGGACUACUAUGGCGAUGCUAGGAGUACAGAGUGUCGCCGGUGCUGUGACCCAGGAGAGCAUCCCAGCCAGGACAACCCACAGUACCGGAUUGUACCUCAAAUCAACAUUACCUUAUUGAAAGGUGAGAAAGGUGAGGUUGGUGAAAGGGGAUCUUAUGGUAAACCAGGCAGAACAGGUGAAAUGGGGCCCCCAGGUUCUGGUGGCACAAAAGGAAGCAAAGGUAGCAUGGGUGUUCCAGGGGACCCCUGCAAGUCCUACUUUGCAGCUUUCUCUGUGGCUCGCAAGAAGGGCCUCCACUCCAACCACUAUUACCAAACAUUGACAUUUGACACAGAGCUCGUAAAUCUUUAUGGACAGUUCAACAUGUUUUCAGGUAAGUUUUAUUGCUAUGUGCCGGGGAUCUACUACUUCAGCCUGAAUGUGCACACGUGGAACCAAAAGGAGACUUACCUUCAUGUGAUGCACAAUGAAAAGGAAGUUGUGGUCCUCUACGCGCAACCCAGUGACCGCUCCAUCAUGCAAAGCCAAAGCCUAAUGUUGGAACUUGAAAGAGGUGACCAGGUCUGGGUCAGACUCUACAAAGGGGAACGUGAGAACGCCAUCUUCAGUGAUGAAUUUGACAUAUACAUAAUAUUCAACGGGCAUCUGAUUAAACACAAAGAUGAGCUGUAGAUUACACUAUGACCUAGUUUUAUUGGUAAUAUGUAUAUUCUUCAUGGCAAUGGUUCACUGGUAAAAUAUUACAAUCAAAUUGUUCUGGAACUUGUUCAGUUGAUCAUCACUAUCGUGCUAGAAUUGUGAUAUAUACACAGUGGUGUUACAUACAUCUGUAUUCUCUCUUAAAAAUGACGGUAAACAGGUUGAUAUGUUAGAUGCAGCCAGUCAACCUCUAUUUGGUAUACAUUUUGGCUUCUGCAGAUAAUCUUAUGAACUAAAAUAGAAAGUAUUUUUUAGUUAAUUAGACUAAAAAAAGACUGGGAUACUUUUACAAGUAAGUUUGAAAGUAAGUGGAACUGAAACAUAUUACAACUCAAUUCAUGUACUCACUUUUUAAUAGCUUUACAUUUGGUAAACGUACUUCAAAACAUACUAUUUACAUAUGCACUGUAGAGAGAGUAGCAAAAUCUAUAAAUGUGUAAAUAUGAGUCUUAUUGCCUAGUGCCAGAAAAUGUUUUGUGAUCUAGACAAAACCCUUUUAAUGAAUGACGAAAUUUCCAAGUUGUGCAUCGUUAGAAAUGUCAGAAUUCAAAAUUUAAAGAUUUAUACCUCUCUGACAAUGUCAGUUCAAACUGACUGCAAAGUUUCAUAUUACAAUUCAUGAAUAUAAUACUGUAAAUAAAUAAUGACCAGUAAAUGUUCUAGAUAUUUAGAAUGCAUUGUUCUCUAAAAGAUUUCUACAUGUAUAAAAUAAAACUGUUAUUGUAAGGGUAAGGUUCCUACCCGUGUCUUUGUUCUUUAAAAUGAAGAAUAUGUUGUAGAAUACAAAACUGUAUACAAUAUUGUAUAUUUAAUGGUAUCACAAAUCACUGUGAAGUACCAUUAUAAACUUCAGAUUCAGAUCAUUUAAGAUAUUAUCUUAUCUAAAUGUUUAAAAAAAAUGCUCUCAAACCAGUUCAUUUUAUUAGCAAUACGUAAUCAGUCGUUUGAGUUUGAAAUUUCGCUCUAGUUUCCACUCACUAUAGAGCACUAAGCCUGCUUCAGACAAGAUCCGUAAUGAUUUGCUGCUUAGAGCUGACAGAGGUCAGUAUUCUAUUUUAAUACGCCUUGACUUCAGCUCAGUAUUUGAUGCUGUAAACCAUGAUGUCUUGCUCAACCGUCUGAAAAAUUACGUUGGCAUCAGUGAUGUGCUUCUGGAUUUAUCUGUCAAAUGUCCUUCUUGGUCAUGAUCAGUAGCACCUCCUCCUCCCAGGCUUUGUUUCUAUACGGGGUCCCCCAAAGGUCGAUCAUGGACCCCCUUUAUUCACAACUUUAUUCAUAACUUUUGGGUAAAUUAUCCCCAAACAUAACAUCAACUUUCAUUGUUAUGCAGAUGAUACAUAUGUCCUAUUAUAUUCUGGUUGUACCAUCCUUUCACGUGUCUUGUUUGGCUGAUAUCAAUCACUGGAUGACUUGGGUGUCAUGUUUGACUCUAACUUAUCAUUUGACACCUAGCUAAACAGAGUUCCACAUUCGUAUUUCUCAUACAGAAAACAUAUCGAGAUAAAAUAAUUUCUUUCAUUUCCUGACUUUGAAAAAUUACUCGUGCCUUUAUCUUGUCCAGAUGUAUGGAGUUCCUCAUUGUCAGUCCUAGGACCUCUCCUAUUCAGCCUAUAUAUGUUACCCUAAGGUCAAAUUCUUCAAAACUUUUAUUUUGACUGUCAGAUGAAAUACAGAUAUAUUUAGCAGUGUCUCCAGAUAACAUUUGAGGUGUUGUGUCACUGUCUAAAGCAGAUAAAUAACUGGAUGAACCAACAUUUUCUUUGAGUAAACCACAACAAAACUGAGAUAAUUGUUCCCAGCAAAAAAGAAAAGUGGAUUUAUGUUAGUAAAUACCUGAACUCACUAACUUUAAAAAACAACUACCUAGUUGAAAAUCAUGUUGUUUUGAUAGAUUUUGACCUGACUUUCAACAGUCAUAUCAAAUCAAUUACUAAAACUGGCAUUUACCAUCUGAAGAACAUAUCUAGAGUGAAGGCUUGGACAUAUACCCAUAUCCAGGAGAGGGUCAUCAAUGCUUUUAUCUCAAGAAGACUUGACUAUUGUAAUGGUCUUCUGACUGGACUCCCGAAAAAAUGAGCUUUAAACAGCUGCAACCCAUUCAGAAUGCAGCAAAUUGGGUUCUGACCAGAACAAAGAGGUCAGCGCAUAUAACUCAAAUUCUGAAGUCUUUUCACUGGCUUCCUGUUAACUUUAGAAUAUAUUUAAAAAUUCUACUGCUGGUCUAUAAAGCACUAAAUGGUUUAGGUCCUGAAUAAGUUUCUUUCGGCUUGUCCCUUUCGGGGUCGCCACAGCGUGUCAUCUCAGAUGAACGCACAUAUGUUUGGCAAUCGACCUGAAAGAAAUGCUAAUGGUAUAUAAAUCUAGUAGGGAUCUGAGAUUGACAGAGUCAGGUCAAUUAAUGGAGCGCAGAGUCCAACGCAAACAUGGUGAAGCAGCAUUUAGAUAUUUUGCCACACACAAAUGGAAGUGACGUAAGAAUGUUUCAUACUCAUAAUCCAAGUUUAAAACUUUUGGCACGUUUUUCAGAGUAUCUCUUUUCAUACGAAAUUUCUUGCACUGUAUGGUGUUUUAAUUGUACUUUUAUCUUUAUUAAUAUGUUAAUUAUUUUUUAAAAAACGUUCUUGAUCAUAUAAAGCACAUUGAAUUACC